AUGUCCGUUUCGUUAUUACACCCUUAUUUGUUGAUGUCAAAGACCAGAAGCUACGCGCAAAUUCUCAUUGGAUCUCGGUUGUUCUUAACAGCGAUGGCUAUUCAUUUAAGUCUUCGGGUAGCACCACUAGAUCUUCAACAAAGUGGAAAUUCUCGUAUUCCGUAUGUACAUGUUCCUGCGGCUCGGAUGAGUAUUCUAGUUUAUAUCGCUACGGCUAUAAACACUUUAUUGUUCCUAUUAACAAAACAUCCCCUUUUUCUUCGCUCUUCCGGAACCGGUACAGAAAUGGGUGCUUUUUCUACGUUGUUUACCUUAGUUACUGGGGGGGUUCGGGGAAGACCUAUGUGGGGCACCUUUUGGGUAUGGGAUGCUCGUUUAACUUCUGUAUUCAUCUCGUUUAUUAUUUACCUGGGUGCACUGCGUUUUCAAAAGCUUCCUGUCGAACCGGCUCCUAUUUCAAUCCGUGCUGGACCGAUCGAUAUACCAAUAAUAAAGUAUCCAGUCAACUGGUGGAAUACAUCGCAUCAACCUGGGAGCAUUAGCCGAUCUGGUACAUCAAUACAUGUUCCUAUGCCCAUUCCAAUCUUGUCUAACUUUGCUAACUCCCCCUUCUCAACCCGUAUCUUGUUCGUUCUGGAAACACGUCUUCCUAUUCCUUCUUUUCCCGAAUCUCGUUUAACGGAAGAAAUAGAAGCUCUAGAAGGAAUACCAAAACCUAGUUCACUCGCUGAGUCUCUUUGCAUCCAUGGCUGA